CUUUCUCAGUUCCACCCACUGGCUGGAAGGAGGGGAAGUGAGUGAGAGGGGCAAGGCCAGCCGGAACACACCAUGUCACUCUGGGAACCAGACAGCAGCAACUAAGCCUGCACGGGUUUCUUUUUCUUUUCUUUAUUUUUUUCUUUUUUCUUUUUUUUUCCCAGGUUUUUUUCCUUUCCGUUCUUUUUCUUUUUGUCCGUUGUUUCUUUUCCUUUUUUCUUCUUUUUAUUAAAAUUUCCUUUUUCCGCGGUGGGAAAGAGACACAGGAGAGAACGAAAGCUGUACUGCAAGGAUUCCGAGUUGUGCUAAAGGAUCUUUUUCUUUUUUUUUUUUUCUCCUCCUUCGCCUUUACAAGCGCCUGCGAUUGACACCACUAGAGACAGGCUGGUUACAGAGCAAACUGCUUCAUCCGGACUGGACCGGGCAGCAGGGAGGAACCAGGCAGGCAAGAACUGGGGAAGCAGUCUGGGGGUUUCGCUACGGAUCUCAACCCCCAUCUGUUUUUGUUUUCUUUUUCUUUUUCUCUUUUCUUUUUGGCUCUUUUGUUUUGCUUUGCUUUGGUUUUUUUGGUUGUUUUAAAUUCCUCACGGUGUUGGAACUAGUGAGGCUGGAGUCUGAGAAGCCUCAGCAGUCACCCAGACUGCCAGGGACAGUGGAUUAAGAGAAAGAAGCUCGCCUGCCUGGGGCAUCAUACACCCUGUUAUUCAGUUUCCUGCCUCGGAGAUAAAGAUCCCAGCUACAUGGGCAAACGCCCGGAUCAGCCACAAAUGUACCCCCAGUACACCUACUACUGUCCUCAGUACCUCCAAACCAAGCAGUCCUAUGCACCAGCUCCCCACCCCAUGGCUCCUCCCAGCCCCAGCACAAACUGCAGCAGCAACAGCAGCGGGGAACAGUUGAGUAAGACAAACCUAUACAUCCGAGGACUUCCACCAGGCACCACUGACCAGGACCUCAUCAAGCUAUGUCAACCGUAUGGAAAAAUCGUAUCCACAAAGGCAAUUCUUGACAAGACUACGAAUCAGUGCAAAGGUUAUGGUUUUGUAGAUUUUGAUAGUCCUGCAGCCGCACAGAAAGCAGUGGCGUCCUUGAAGGCAAAUGGCGUGCAAGCACAGAUGGCCAAGCAACAAGAGCAAGACCCUACGAAUCUAUACAUCUCAAACCUUCCCAUCUCCAUGGAUGAACAGGAGCUGGAGAACAUGCUAAAGCCCUUUGGACAUGUGAUAUCCACCAGAAUCCUGAGGGAUGCUAAUGGAGUCAGCAGGGGCGUUGGCUUUGCCAGAAUGGAGUCUACGGAAAAAUGUGAAGUGGUGAUUCAACAUUUUAAUGGAAAAUAUCUGAAAACACCACCAGGCAUCCCAGCCCCCAGUGAACCUUUGCUGUGCAAGUUUGCUGAUGGAGGACAGAAGAAGAGACAGGGUCAGAGCAAGCACACCCAGAACGGGAGGCCAUGGCCCAGAGAAGGAGAGGCUGGCAUGGCUCUGACCUAUGACCCCACAGCUGCCCUACAGAAUGGAUUUUAUUCUUCACCGUACAGUCUCGCAACCAACCGCAUGAUCCCACAGACAUCUAUCACGCCCUUCAUUGCCGCUUCCCCUGUCUCCACAUACCAGGUCCAGAGCACGUCAUGGACGCCACACCUGCCAUACAUUAUGCAACCAACAGGUGCUGUGAUCACACCCGCCGUGGACCACCCCAUGUCAAUGCAGCCAACUAAUAUCGUGGGUCCCCUGACGCAGCAGAUGAACCAUCUUUCCCUGGGGACAGCAGGAACGUAUAUGACUGCUGCUCCUAUGCAAGGGACCUACAUUCCCCAGUACACGCCUGUGCCUCCGACAGCUGUUUCUAUUGAAGGUGUUGUUGCUGAUACCUCUCCCCAGACGGUGGCCCCCUCAUCCCAGGACAGCAGUGGUCAGCAGCAACAGUUAGCAGUGGACACACCCAGUGAACACGCACCGGCAUACUCCUUCCAACAGUCCAAGUAA